CCCGGACGCGCGGGGCUGGCUGCAGCCGGGGCCGCGGAGCGCGCCUGCUCCCCGCUGUUCCCGCAGCCGGAGGCGGCCGGGCGGCGGCGGGCGGCGCGAUGCGGCUGGGCGGCGGGGCCUUCGCCGCGGCCUGCGUGGUGAUCGAGGUGCUGGGAGUCGCGCUCUUCCUGCGGGGCUUCUUCCCGCCUCCCGUGCGCUCCUCCUCCAAGCCCGAGCCCCCGGCGGCGCCCGAGCCCUCGGCAGGGGCCAGUUCCAAUUGGACCAAGCUCCCCGCACCUCUCUUCGGGAAAGUUGUUAUUAUGCUGAUCGAUGCCUUGAGAGAUGAUUUUGUGUUUGGGUCAAAGGGUGUGAAAUUUAUGCCCUACACAACUUACCUUGUGGAAAAAGGAGCAUCUCACAGUUUUGUGGCUGAAGCAAAGCCACCUACAGUUACUAUGCCUCGAAUCAAGGCAUUGAUGACAGGGAGCCUCCCUGGCUUCGUGGAUGUCGUCAGAAACCUGGACUCGCCCGCUCUGCUGGAAGACAAUGUCAUCACACAGGCAAAAGCCGCAGGGAAGAGAAUCAUCUUCUAUGGAGACGAAACAUGGGUGAAGUUAUUCCCACAGCACUUUGUGGAAUAUGAUGGAACAACCUCAUUUUUUGUGUCAGAUUAUACAGAGGUGGACGAUAACGUGACGAGGCAUUUGGAUAAAGUGUUGAAAAGAGGGGAUUGGGAUGUGUUAAUCCUCCAUUACCUGGGGCUGGAUCACAUCGGCCACAUUUCCGGGCCCAGCAGCCCCCUGAUUGGGCGCAAGCUCAGCGAGAUGGACAGCAUCCUGAUGAGAAUCCACACCUCGCUGCUGUCAGAGGAGAGGGAGGACCUCUCGCCCAGCCUGCUGGUUCUCUGUGGUGACCACGGCAUGUCCGAGAGUGGGGGCCACGGGGCCUCCUCCGUGGAGGAAGUGAGCACCGCACUGCUGCUCACCAGCUCUGCGUUCGAGAGGAAGCCUGGUGAAGUCAGGCCCCCAGAGCGUGUGCAGCAGACCGACCUGGCUGCCACCCUGGCGGUGGGGCUCGGCCUGCCUAUCCCGCAGCACAGUGUGGGCCGCUUCCUGUUCCCAGUCGUCCAGGGCAGAGCCAUGCGGGAACAGCUGAGGUUCCUACACUUGAAUGCCGUGCAGCUCAGCAGGCUGUUGCAAGCAAGUGUCCCGGUGUACGAGAGAGAGCCUGGAUUCGAACAGUUUAAGGUGUCAGAAAGGCUGCACGGAAACUGGGUCAGACUGUACUUAGAGAAAAAUAACUCAGAAGUCCUUCUCACCCUGGGAGCCAAGGUCCGCAGGCAGUACCUGGGCACCCUGAAGACCCUGAGCCGGACCUUGAGCAGCCAGGUGGCCCAGUACGACGUCUACUCGAUGGUGGUGGGGACCGUCGUGGUUCUGGAGGUCCUCGCCCUGCUCCUGCUCAGCGUCCCGCAGGCCCUGGGCGCCGCAGCGGAGCUGGAGGUCCCUCUGUCACCCGUGUGUUCUCUGCUCUUCUACUUGACGUUCCUGCUUCUCUGGGCCGUGCACGUGGUCAUGUGCACCUCAACCGAGAGCUCCCGCUACCUCUGCAGCCUCACGUGGCCCAUGGCGGGCGGGGUGCUGGCGCUGGUCUCCGCGCUGCUCUGUGGAGUCUUGUCCGCUCUGACCAGGACGUGUGUGGAUGGAAAGCUCCUGAGGAGGAACCCAGCUCCUUCCCCGUGGAGGUGGUCAGAGCUGGACUUCCUCAUCCUGGCGGGGACUGCGGGCCACGUCCUGAGUCUGGGUGCGAGCAGCUUCAUCGAGGAGGAGCAUCAGACCUGGUACUUUCUCAUCAGCACCCUGUGCCUGGCUCUGUGUCACGAGAGCUACAGAACCUGCUUUCUGGGGGGCGACGGGGAGCCUCGGCAUUGCUCACGCGCGGAAGGAGGGUUUGCCGGCCCGGCAUCAGCUUUGCAGGACAGGAGCGUCAGCUGUGACGUGUUAGAGCUCGACCAAGCACGCAAGAGCCCCUCUGCCCUGGACGGACUCCGAGGCCGUGAGAAGUACAUGGCGCUGGCCAGCCCAUGGCUGGUCCUCGGCUGCUGCCGGCUGCUGCGGUCUCUGAACCAGACGGGGGUGCAGUGGGCCCACCGCCCUGACCUGGGACACUGGCUCACCAGCUCUGACCACCAAGCCGAACUCUCCAUCCUCGCUGCCCUUUCCCUCCUCGCCAUCUUCGCGCUGGUUCAGAGCAGGUGCUCCCCGGUGUCCAAGGGGGCCCUGGCGCUUGGCCUGCUGGGUGUCUACUGCUACAGGGCAGCCACUGGCCACGUGCUGUCCCCAUGGCAACAAGGCAACAAGGACAUUUCCAGGGGCAUCAUUGAAGCGCGUUUUGUGUACGUGUUUGUCCUUGGCAUUCUGUUCACGGGCAUCAGAGACGUGCUUAAGUCUCGAGUCCCCGCUGCAGACGUCCCGGCCAAGACUGCCGGUCUGUGGGACGUGUACAGUGGACUGGUGCUCCUGGCGGCCUUGCUCUUAAGGCCACAUAACCUUCCUGUCCUGGCGUGCAGCCUCUUGAUCCAGACCCUGCUGACCAGGUUCGUCUGGAAGCCCCUGAGGCACGGUGCCGCUGAGGUCACCGUCAUGCACUAUUGGUUUGGUCAGGCGUUCUUCUAUUUCCAGGGAAACUCCAACAACAUCGCCACGGUGGACAUCUCGGCGGGCUUCGUGGGCCUGAACACCUACGUGGAGGUCCCAGCCCUGUUCCUGACGGCAUUUGCGACGUAUGCGGGGCCCGUGCUGUGGGCCGGCCACUUGGUGAACUUCCUGAGUUGGGAGCCCAGCAGCGGUUCGGCACUGAGGCACGCCUGCUUCUGCUACGCGCUGCUCUGCUCCGUCCCGGUGUCCGUCUACGUCGUCCUGGUGACGGCCCUGCGCUACCACCUGUUCAUCUGGACCGUAUUCUCCCCGAAGCUCCUCUACGAGGGCACGCACCUGCUCGUCACAGCCGCCCUCUGCCUGUGCUUCACCGCUGUGGACCGGUCCGGCGCCAAGGCAGACGCUGGGAAAAUUGCACAUUGUUAAAGUCUACUGUCUGCUUCAUGGAUUUGAUUAGUUAAAGUAGGUGUAAGUGCAAGAUUAUUCUAAAAAGAAGGGGUGAAUUCUACAAUGUGGAUGAAUAGCUUCAAUUGCUUGGAUGACUAUACUUGAAGUUGAAUUCAGUAGUAAGUGGCUUAAUAAAAGGUCACUUUAAAAUA